AGCACGUGACUCGAUUACAAAAUCAAACCAAGAUGGCUGCCACAAUCAAGGAUACGGAACAAGAUCGAACGCGAAGAUCUCUUCCAAAGCCCACGCUUGUUAACAAACUAGAAGGCUGUAGCGAUGUAGUAAAUAUGGCAGUCCCCAUUCCUCAUGAGGACGCAAUAAUUAGCGUCUCUGACGACAAUAGCGUACGACUUUGGAUUAAGCGAGAAAGUGGACAAUACUGGCCGAGUAUAUGUCAUAUGAUGGCUGAUGCAUGUUCAAGUUUAGAUUACCAUGGUACAAGCAGAAGACUAUUUGUUGGUUUGGCCAGUGGAACUAUAACAGUGAGUACUGUUUUAUUUGCAGGGUUCUCAGUAGAAAAUAGUAGGCAGCUGGUCUAGCAAACGUAGCUGGAGGUUCAGCUGAUCUUUAUCA